AUGAAGCGUGAGUGUGUUCUCUACCGACCAGGCAAGACCCCCGGGAGCGUUCAGUGCACUUGUUGUUCUCAUUAUUGUACCAUUGGAGAAGGAAAAUCGGGGAUCUGCGGUGUCCGUUAUAACGAUAAUGGAAAACUGUACUUGGCCGUCUGGGGGAAGCCUAGCGCCCUCCACGUUGACCCAAUGGAAAAGAAACCCCUCUAUCACUAUUAUCCCGGAGAGGCGAUACUAAGUAUAGGCACCAUAGGCUGUAACUUUUCAUGCAAGUUUUGCCAGAAUUGGAGCAUCAGUAUGGACAAGCCUAACGUGCAGGAUAUCGAAGACUAUUGUCUGGAGAGAUCUGACGGGCGCAUUCUAACGCCGGAUGAGAUCAUACUUAUUUGCAAGAGGAGACGCAUCAGACAUAUUGCAGCCACUUACAACGAGCCCAGCAUAUGGUUUGAGUAUUCUUAUGACAUUGCUUGCUUAGCAGCCAAAGAAGGCAUAUCAUACGUCUAUGUGUCGAAUGGGUUUGAAAGCAAGGAGCAACUGGAUGCGUUGGUGGGAAUGAUCUCGGCAAUCAACGUCGAUCUGAAGACAUUUCGACAGGAAACGUACAGAAAGAUCAUGGGCGGUAGUCUUGAGCCAGUCAAGAACACAAUUAAAUUCCUCUAUAGCACGAAAAAAGUCAUAGUUGAAGUCACGACUCUGAUUGUUCCCGGCAUGAAUGAUUCAGGCGAGGAGCUGCAGGAUAUAGCUAAUUUCAUCGCAUCUGUUGGAAAGGACAUUCCGUGGCAUGUUUCUGCGUUUCAUCCUGACUACAAAAUGCUGGACAAAGAACGAACUCCGACAGAAACGCUAGAGCGUGCCUUGGCCUUCGGCAAGGAGGCCGGGCUCCUCUAUCUUUAUGCUGGCAAUGUGCGGGAUACAUCGUACUUGAAUACGAGCUGCCCCCAGUGUGGCGAACUGCUUAUUUCUCGCAUGACAGGCUUUGACGGUAAGGUUUGCAAUCUUAAGGAUGGUUGUUGUGGAAAGUGUGGAACACCUAUCUAUGGGAAGUUCGCAUAA